AUGGCGAUUAUCUUCGUGCAAUUCACUGCUUAUGCAAUAUUCACGGCUUCUUCCAGUGAGAUACCAAGUACAUUCAUUGUUCUUGUGUCCAAAACAGAGAAGCCAACAACCCUCACCAGCGACCGUCAUUGGUACACUUCAUUACUCACCUCUAUUCCCUUCUCUUCGCCCAAGAAACCCGAAAUUUUGUACACCUAUGAACAUGCCAUUCAUGGCUUAGCUGCCCAACUUACAUCAACUCAAGCAACAGAGCUUAGAAAACUACCGGGAGUCCUCUCGGUGCUCUUAGGGCAGACAAACCAUAUCCACACCACCCAUUCCCCUGACUUCCUUGAACUCAGUAGCACAUCAGUACUCUGGCCAAGUACAGACUAUGGCGAUGAUGUAAUUGUUGGAGUCAUUGAUACGGGAAUUUGGCCUGGACACGAGAGCUUCUCUGAUGAUGGUCUCUUGCCGGUGCCCUCCAGAUGGACAGGUACCUGCGAGACAAGUUCCGACUUCCCAGCAGCAGCCUGUAACAAGAAGGUUAUUGGUGCAAGGGCCUUCUAUAGAGCGUAUGAAGCCAGAUAUGGUCCAAUGAAUACAACAGUUGAAUCAAAGUCACCAAAAGACACCGUGGGCCAUGGAACCCAUGUUGCAUCAACAGUAGCAGGAUACCCAGUCAAUGAUGCUGGUUUCUUGGGAUAUGCUAUGGGAGUUGCAAGGGGCAUAGCACCCAAGGCAAAAAUAGCUAUGUACAAGGCUUGUUGGCUAAAAAGUUGUGAAGAUGCCGACUUGCUCGCAGCGUUGGAUCAGGCGAUCGUUGAUGGGGUUGAUGUGAUAUCAAUGUCGGUGGGGAAAAACAUUUCACUACCCUAUUAUCAAUACCUUAUGGCAAUCGGUACUCUCAGAGCAGUCAACAAAGGAGACUACGGCAAUAGACUUUGCUUUCGGUCAUCGACUCUUUCUUCUGGAGUAGCGGGGAAAAUUGUCCUCUGUGACCGUGGUGAGUUAGACGAUGUCGUUAAGGGAAUUACUGUCAAGCAGGCCGGAGGUGCCGGCAUGAUCCUUGCCAGCACUGCCGAAAGCGGCCCAUCGGCCAUUGCUAAUGCACAUCUUCUCCCUGCCACCAUGGUUGACCAGACCGCUGGCGACCUUAUCAGAAACUACAUUCGUUCCCAACCAUCUCCAACAGCCAAAUUUUACUUUGCUGGAACAGUCAAUGGGCCUGACGCACCACCAGCUCCACAGGUUGCACCAUUCUCAAGCCGUGGGCCAAACGCUAUCACCCCCGAGAUCAUCAAGCCGGACUUGAUAGCUCCAGGAGUGAACAUCUUAGCAGCUUGGACAUGGGAAAGCAGCCCAACGCAAUUACCAUUUGAGAUCGACCCGAGACACGUCAAGUUCAAUAUAAUAUCAGGAACCUCCAUGGCUUGUCCACACGUCAGUGCCUUGGCUGCCAUGCUCCGUAAGCUCUAUCCUCAAUGGAGCCCAGCUGCAGUAAAAUCGGCCCUGAUGACGACGACAAUCAACAAGGACAAUUCAGGUCAAAACAUUAAAGAUUUCGGCACCGGCAACGAUGCCACACCGUUCCAAUUUGGAAGUGGACAUGUCGAUGCAGUCAAAGUCCACGAUCCAGGCCUCGUUUAUGAUAUGGGCAUAUAUGAUUAUAUUGGAUUCCUUUGUUCCAUCGGAUAUAGCAGCAAUUUAAUAGCCAAUAUGAUCCAAGAUCCAACACUAGUCGUGAAUUGCGCAACCCAGGGCUUUCCAAAUCCAGGUUAUCUCAACUAUCCAUCUUUCUCUGUAGUAUUUAACUCUGAUCGUGAGGUUGUAGAGUACUACAGGGCAGUGAGAAACGUCGGACAAUCGACUAACGUAGUGUAUGUGUCUCAAAUUUAUGGCCCUCCGUCUGUUGGGAUUAGUGUGACCCCCAGUUCACUUGUGUUCAAUGCACGAAAUCCCAUAUUGCAAUACAGAGUCACAUUUAGCAGCCUAGCCUAUCAAACUGGUGAUACCACACCGGCGUUCGGUUGGAUUGUCUGGACAGAUGGAGUGCACCAAGUCAAGAGCCCUGUGGCAUUUACCUGGAGCAAUAUUAAUCCAAUACAGGAAUUCGUUCCCAUCGAAGAUACAUCUGCCGUCAUUUGA